AUGGAUUCCGAAGAGUACUAUGCGUCGAUUCUAAGGGGAAGGUGCGUCAAAUGCCGCAAUAUCCCCUGGCACUACAGCUCGUGGUUUGAAGGUCGAUCUAUCCUCGACAUUGAGCAUCACGAAUCGUGGGCCGCUCUCGAGGAGGCGGCGGCAGCUGGUUGUGACAUCUGUCGCGGUCUGAGGGCUCGUGCUCUUCUCGAAAAUGGCCAAGAGAUAUCGGAGGGCGUUCCGUGUUUGCUUCGCAUCAGCUUGAGCAAUUCGAACCUUAUUUGCCUAUACUCCAUAGGAAGGAAGGAAGGACUCAGCUUUUGGUUUGGGUUUGAGCGGGCUAAUGGUCUGAAUAUUCCUCCGGAGCAUUUGCUUCCUAUCAAGAGUACUUCAUCCACCCAGCCUGUCGAGGACGAGAUGCUAAUAGCCGCAACAGGUCUUGCUUCAGAUACACAGCAAUCCGAUAUAGACAGCCUGAUCAAAGAGCUGAUCAACCCCUGGAUAGAGGAUUGUAUCCAUCAACGGGGACGGCAUGCAGACUGUAAACCGGUAUCUGGCGGCGGGCAAGAUAGUUUUUAUCUCCCAACGCGCUUGAUUAACGUCGGAGAUGACGAUUGCCACCCAGUCCGGCUCAUCGAGACGAGGGAUUUGUUUGCAACCAAGCCGAAGCCAGAGUACCUAGCUCUAAGCUACUGUUGGGGCAAGAGCAACGAGCCAGCAAAGACCACAAGAGCAAAUUUUCAGGCACGGCAGCGACGCCUCGACGAAUGCGACUUCCCAAAGACUAUCCGCAACGCCAUCGACCUUACUCGUCGCAUGGGUAUCAAAUACCUGUGGGUCGACGCGGUGUGCAUCAUCCAACCCACUAGUCAGGACCAGUAUCUGAGAGACUGGGAGGAGGAAGCUUCCAGGAUGGCCUCCUACUACUCCAACGCACGUUGCCUCAUCUCGGCUCUCUCCGCAUCCGAUUCCAGCCAGGGCAUUUUCGCUGAGCGCCCCGCCCAACUAUACCCCCAAGCCAACACCCCGAUAUCCUUCGACGAAGCCCGCAACGAAACGCUCUACCUCCCCGUGAACGAGCUCGUCUUCCACAUGCAGUUCGACACCCAGCCGCUGCUCAAACGAGGAUGGUGCUUCCAAGAACGUCUCUUGUCCCCACGCGCGCUACAAUGGGCGACCAAUUGCCUCUUUUGGCAGUGCCAGAGUCUGACACAGGCAUCGGAGCAAGACCCGGAGGACAAGUUAUCGAGGCCCAUACCUGUCUUCCUGCGCGACGAGCCGCAGAUCUUUCAAAAACCACCUGAGGACGCUUUAGGGUUUUCGUGGCACAGGGUGGUAGUUGAGUAUACACGCACCAACUUCACCUAUCUAACCGACCGCCUGAUUGCGAUCGAGAGCUUGGGUACUCGUCUGGCGGAGAUCCAUGGGGUCGAAUAUUAUGCCGGGGUAUUUGGCUCUAAGCUCUCUAGAGGACUCUUGUGGCGGCUGAGAGGUGACUCGGAAUUAUGUGAGAAGCUUUCCUAUUUUCCCUCUUGGUCUUGGGCCUCCAGCAUAUCAAGUAUUGCUGACCCGGUACACUUUGAAUACGCGCAUGGAUCCUCCCUCAAGUCGCUGAUCAGGGUCGGUGGCAAGGGGAAGGUGUUUCCACCGGCCGGCUCGGCCGUGGACUUUGGCACGCCCGAGAAACGAUCCCUUCGGCUGGAGGCGCCGUUGCUGAACAUUAUCCCUGCGGGCGUGCGCGCGGAGUUUGAGAAGACUCACCGUUUGCGUUCUUUCAAGUUCAUGGAUGAGUCGUGGAGUGUUGAGGUCGAAAUGAUCUUUGACGCUCCGCGUCUCGUACCUGAGGAAUUUGGACUUACAACGGUGCUGUUGCUAUCUGUCCUGGAUUACCAGAUUGAGGUCGUUAUGGCUGGUCUCGUCAUUCGGCCGCAAGACGCUUACUACGAACGGGUUGGAUUUGCGUUGUUCAGGACGCCACUAGAGCCGUCUGAAAGAUCGACAAAGCUGUCAGAGUUGAUGGCCAGGCUCGAGGAAAACCGAUCGAAUGUGGUUCUUAUAUAG